AUGAUACCUUCAGUACAGAAGCAAAGGAAAGGAGGAAGAGGCAGAGGAGGCAAAGAGGAAGCGAUGACAAACCCAAAUAUCGAGGAGGCGAGUAAAACAGUUCAGAUUCGUAGCCAUUCUGAUAUCCAAAAUGAAAUUUUGGGAAAUGACGCUUCUAUCAAGUAUUGCUAUUCUAAUGAUAAUAAUGAUGGUUACGAUGAUGAUGGUAGCGUAGGUGGUGAUUGUGAUGGCGGUAAUUUUGGUGUUGCUGGAGAAGAGGUUGACGAGAGGCGGAUUAUGGUUCGUGAUGCCGUGGUUGGAGGGGUAGUGCGAGUGGUGAAGAUGGAUAAUGGCUGGGAAGAAUGA